AUGCCGGCGUUCCGGAGAUCAAUAUUCGCCAUCAUCUGCUUCGUUGCCUUCGUCUUGUACCUCCGCGGUUCGAGUCGUCCCCCCGACCUUCCCGACGCGCCGGGCUACAGACCAGUUCAGGAGAUUUUCGCUGAAGAACAAGAUUCAUACGACAGAGCUCAGCGCCAGAAAGCCAGUAAUCGCGGACAGAUAGCUUUCGGCGCGACCCCGAUUGCACCACUACGCGAACGCCUUCGCUACCAAUUUCCUUACGACCUCGACAAGAGCUUCCCCGCGUAUAUUUGGCAGACAUGGAAGUACGAUCCUUCGUCUCCGUUUUUCGCAGACGAAUUUCGGGGCACAGAGGCUAGUUGGACGGAGUUGCACCCGGGUUUCCAGCAUGAGGUUAUUGGGGACGACACGCAACGCCAUCUAAUCCAAUAUCUAUACGGCUCGGUUCCAGAUGUCUUCGAAGCCUACGAUUCCCUUCCCCUCCCUGUGAUGAAAGCCGAUUUCUUUCGCUACCUUGUCCUCCUCGCCCGAGGUGGAAUCUAUAGCGAUAUCGAUACCAUGGCUUUGAAGCCAGCCGGAUACUGGCUUGCCGAGGAAAUCGAUCGGACAAAAGUGGGAUUUAUCGUUGGUAUUGAAGCUGAUCCUGACCGUCCGGAUUGGCAUGAGUGGUAUUCUCGCCGUAUUCAAUUCUGUCAGUGGACUAUUGUUUCGAAGCCCGGACAUCCUAUUCUACGGGAUAUGGUGGCGUAUGUCACUGAGGAAACUCUACGGAUGAAGAGGGCAGGAAUCCUGGAGGUGGGCAAAAUGGACAAGACUAUAAUGGAGUUUACGGGUCCAGGAGCUUGGACUGAUUCUGUUUUCCGCUACUUCAACAACCCUGAUUAUUUCCAUAUCCAACCUGACGACAAGAAUAUCACCUAUACCGAUUUCACUGAACAAACCACCGAGAAGAAGGUCGGUGAUGUGAUUGUUUUGCCCAUUACAAGCUUCAGUCCUGGUGUUGGACAGAUGGGAGCACACGAUACCAGUGACCCCAUGGCUUUUGUGAAGCAUAACUUUGAUGGCUCAUGGAAAACUGAUCCAUCACUGUAA